AUGAGAUAUGCAUUGGCGCUUCUCGUUCCACUGGGCUUGAUUGUCCUGCACCUCCUCGCCGCCCCUUAUACCAAGGUCGAGGAGUCGUUCCAUGUCCAGGCCGUGCAUGACAUCCUAGCUCAUGGCUUACCAUACGGAUUCAAUGAUCCCAACCUCAAUCGCACAAACUAUGACCACUUUGCAUUCCCCGGCGCUGUGCCCAGGAGCGCUGUCGGUGCUGCGUUGCUCGCCCUGCUCUCGAAACCGGUGAUCCUGUUCAACGACGGGAUCAAUCAACAGCUAUUAGCUCGAGCAAUCCUAGGCCUCCUCAACGCCUCCGCUAUAGCAUACUAUGCCAGCGGCCUCCGCCACACCUUCGGUCAGACAGUCGCAAUCUGGUACAUCCUCCUCCAAACCAGCCAAUUCCACCUAAUAUACUACGCCUCACGACCACUAUCAAACAUGUUCGCCUUUCCCCUAACAACAACAGCAAUGCGCCUCCUCCUCCCAACCCCCCACCACGCCAACAACAACCACACAGGCAAAGCCCUAGCCCUCCUCACCUUCGCAGGCGUAAUCUUCCGCUCAGAACUCGCCCUGCUAGUAGCAACCCAAACCCUCUUCAACCUCUCAACCAACAAAAUAUCCCUGAGGGCCACAAUCACCGCAGGCCUAACAGGCGCAAUCACAGCCCUCCUCCUAACAAUAACCCUAGAUGGCACAUUCUGGCAACGCUUCCCACUCUGGCCAGAAUUCGAAGCCUUCGUCUUUAAUGUCAUGGCAGGCCAAUCCUCCGCUUGGGGAACGGAGCCUUGGUCCUGGUAUUUCACUAAUGCCCUCCCCCGUCUCCUCCUCAACCCGCUUGUCUAUACCCUCGCUAUCCCCGUUGCUUUGCGGCAGCCUGCUACGCGGUCUCCAGCGCUGGCACUCCUCAUUCCGUCGCUUGCGUUCGUCGCGUUGUAUAGUUUCAUGCCGCAUAAGGAGUGGCGGUUUAUUGUUUAUGUUAUUCCAUCGCUUACGGCUGCUGCGGCUCUCGGCGCGGCGUAUCUCUGGACGCAUCGUCGACGAUCAUUCUUUAUGUGCUGGGCUGUGCGAGUGCUGGCUCUUUCUGUGCUUUUGACUGGGUUUUUGUCGAAUUUCGUGCUGCUUCCUGUGUCUGCGGUGAAUUAUCCUGGUGGGAGGGCUCUUGAUGCGUUGCAUUCUUAUCAUGGCAAGUCGGACUUGAAGAUGGAGAAUGGGCUUGGCCCUGGGAGGACUGUGAAUGUCUAUCUUGGUAAUUUGGCGUGUCAGACUGGUGUUACGCGUUUUGUUCAGUUGCCUGAUGAGUCUGGGUGGGUUUAUGAUAAGACUGAGGAUGAGGUUGUUAAGUCUACUAGUGGCUUUUGGGAUCGGUUUGAUUAUGUUCUUGUUGAGGCUUCAUCCGAGGUUGGGUAUAUGGAUAGCGAUGAGAUGAGGUUUAGGGAGGUUUUGCCUUCUUCUUCGUGGGAGAUGGUUUAUGUUGCGGAUUCAUUUGCCGGUGUUUCUGUUCUGAGACCUGGGGUCCCUGCUACGGGAACUGUUGAGAAGCGAGUUAUAGGUGCUGUUGGUGGAUCGAGGGCGGUUGAAGCGUUUGAGAGUGUGCGUGAGCGUGUGAGAGAUAGCUUAUAA